UCACUAGCAGCCCAACUCUGCAGCAGCGACAGCAGUUCGCCAGUUAGCUAGCUGACAGCAGUAGUCAGAACGAAUCGAGAGGAGCAAGCGUUUGGACGUGGUCGGUAUUGGCAAUCGACAAUCGGCAUCGACAUCGGCAAACGGUCGUCUGCGUCGCUGCGUCGCGUAUGCCAUUUGUGCUGCUGCUCUUUCAAAUAGUCGCGGGCCUAACACUCAUUUUAUUUGUUAUUCAUUAUAUUUAUUAUAUAAUUAAUGCAAUUGCCGGCGAUUUACAAUUACAACAACAGCAACAGCAGUUGCAACAAAACGUGAAUUCACCACAACUAGAAAAACCAUUUAUAAAAAAGUAUCGACAUCAACGCAUCCCAGUAGCGUCGACAACAUAUAGAAAAUCGCAUUUUUUUACAGCAACCACAGCAACAACAACUGGCGAAAAAAUGCAAACAAGCGACGAUGCAAAGUUUAUAAAAAAACGUUGGAAAGGAGGCACAAUUGAACCCCAUCCAACGGAUAAGGCACUAAUUGUCAACUAUCAACUGGAAGCGACGGUUUUCGGCGAGCAAUCAAGUAAUCCGAUGAUUGAGGAGAAAAAGAAUUGUCAGAAAAUUAUACGCUUACGUUCGCUGAAUGCCAAAACGGAUCCUGCCGCAUUAGCGAGGGAAGUCGUAGACAAAUGUGAUCUCAUACACAAAUCCCAAUUGGCGGAUGUAGAACAGAUAAUAUUCUAUCUUAAGAAUCGUAAAGACAAUGCAGGUGCAGACAUCGCUGACAAUAACAGCCAACAUCGUUCGGUGGUAUCUGCAAAGCGUAUCCCAACCGCCAAAAACAGUCCAACUUCUGCCGCUCUUUCGCCCGCUAAAACACCAGCUACCAACGCUGAUGUCUCCAUCAAUAAUAUUGACGAGUAUGUGGAGUUGUUGUAUGAGGAUUUAAGCGAACGAAUACGUGGUUCGGCCAUGAUCUUGCAAGUGGCACGUAAUCCAGAUAAUCUGGAGGAACUGGAGAAAAAUGAGGCUUGCCUAAGCGCUUUGUCACGCGUAUUGCGCGAGGACUGGCGCAAAAGUUUAGAUCUAUCGACGAAUAUUAUUUAUAUAUUCUUCUGUUUUUCGACUUAUACGAAGUUCCAUCCCGUUAUUGUGCAAUAUAAGAUUGGUUCCCUCUGCAUGGACGUGAUCGAUUACGAGCUGAGACGCUAUGAAAGCAUGCGCAAUGAAUUGGAUGUGCGAAAGAAUCCCGUUAGCUCUGCACCACUUUCAGCUAAAUCUAGCAAAGAGAAACUGAAUCGCAGCACUGAUGAUUUUCUUGAUAUAAUGAAUGAGGAAAAACCAAAAGAGAUGGAACCCCCACGUCGCCGCAUACCAGAAUUGAAACAGCGUCCCAAGUCCGGUAAUUGGUCUAGUUUCCACGGCUCAAUGUCCUCCUCGUUGAUGAAAAGUCAAGUACUCAAUAGUAGUUACCAUGAGGCGCUUUCCGCUGGUACGGCCACCCCCGACUCAGGUGUCUCGUCGAACGGCGACAUGAAAGCAACCAGCAAUGAGGCUCUUGAUCGCAACGAUCCCAAGGUGAAGAAAGAGGAAAUCGAUCGUCUCAACAAGCAGUUGAAGGUAUUUGCCAAGAAACAAGAACAACUACUGCGCGUUGCUUUCUAUUUGUUACUUAAUAUGGCCGAGAAUAUAAAAUUGGAGGAAAAGAUGCGUCGCAAGCAUAUUGUUAAGAUGCUUGUCAAGACUUUGGAUCGACAAAAUAUCGACUUGCUAAUGUUGGUAACCACAUUCCUGAAAAAAUUAUCAAUCGUCCGCGACAAUAAAGAUGAUAUGGGAGAAUUCAAUAUCAUUGCCAAAUUGCCGCGCCUAUUCCAAAGUGGUCAUACCGAUCUGGCACAGGUAACUUUGAAACUUGUCUUUAAUUUAUCCUUUGAUGGUGUGCUGCGACGGAAAAUGGUCGGUGCUGGUUACCUACCAAAGCUAGUGAUGUUCAUUAAUGAUGAGAAGCAUCACGGCAUCGCUAUGAAGAUACUCUACCACAUGAGCUUAGAUGAUUGGGUGAAAGGCUUAUUCACGCAUACUGAAUGCGUUCAAAUGGCCACCGAUGCCAUUAUUCUAAAUUUAAAUAGCAAAGUUGAUCUUGAUCUCAUAGCACUAUGCAUCAAUCUAUCGCUGAAUAAACGUAAUGCACAAAUCAUGGUGGAGGGCAAUCGUCUGCAUGACCUUAUGGAUCGUGCUUUCAAAUAUCAGGAUUCGCUAUUGAUGAAAUUACUACGCAAUCUUUCACAAAACGAAGCCCUACAACCAAAAUUUAUCGACUAUGUCGGCGAUUUGGCUCGCAUACUAACAAUUUGUGACGACGAAUCAUUUGUGGUGGAAUGUCUCGGUAUUCUUGGUAAUCUAUCACUAGCCGACUUGGAUUAUUCACAAAUAUUGCAAAACUUCCAAUUAAUACCCUGGAUACGGGAUGUACUUGUGCCAGGUGCCAAAUUGGAUGACAUGGUGCUCGAUACAAUUGUUUAUUUGGGUACCUGUGCGCAUGAUGAGCUCUGUGCGUUGCUUUUCUGUCGCGCAAAAGUUGUGCUCUCGUUGAUCGAAUUGCUGAAGGCCAAACAGGAGGACGACGAAAUUGUUUUACAGAUCAUUUUCGUAUUUCAAAAAAUUUUACGACACGAAAGCACGCGCGAAUAUAUGAUUAAAGAGACUGAAUCGCCGGCGUAUCUGAUCGACUUGAUGCAUGACAAGAAUGCAGAAAUACGAAAGGUCUGUGACUAUUGCCUGGAUAUUAUCGCAAUUAGUGACAGCGAGUGGGCUAAACGGAUCAAGCUCGAAAAAUUCCGCAAUCACAAUUCUCAGUGGCUUUGCAUGGUAGAAUCGCAGCAGGAUCAAGACAAUGAACAAGACUACGUUGACAAUAAUGAGGAUGAAAACGAACUCGACACUUAUUUACGUACCGAAUAUUUGGAUAAUUGCGAUCUGUACAAUAGUACGAAUACGAAUAAGGAAAGUGAAGAUAAUGAAAGCAACAAUAGCAACAAUCCAGCCAGUCCUGCAAUGUCCACCUAUAGUCGCCCAGUGAGCAGCUACCGGCGCAGCGAGGACCUCGAUGAUCUUUUUAAUAUGACAUCCAGUUCGAAAUCACAAACAUCCAGUCAAGGGGAUAGCAACUACAUGUUCAAGUCGAACAAGUCACUGGACGUCGAAGGUCUACACGAGGAGUUAUUAAUGGCCUAAGCUGCGCAUAUGUACGUAUGUACAUAUGUAUGUAUACUAUACAUACAUACAUAUAUAUGUAUGUCUGUUCGACCAAAAAUUAGUAGCAACUCAAAUAUAAUAUUUGUCAGAUCUCCCUUGCUUCUUAACGAACUGAUUGGUUCGUGAAGAACCUUCGCGCUACAGCUGCAAAUAAAAAACACCGCAACAAAAAAUCUAUAUUUUAUAGGUAUUGACAGUCACAUAUGUAUAUGUAUGUAUUUUGGCUAGAAUAUUACUAUUGCUACUAUUAUAUAGAAGUAUAGUUGUUGAUUGUGGCAGUCCAAAUUGUAGCACUCACUAUUCGAGUCACAACCUACCAACCAACUUAGAUACAAUUAAAAACGAUAAAACAGUUCUAUAUUUAUUUGUAUUAAGAUGCAUUUACAUACGUACAUACAUAUGUUUACUCCCCAAAGAACAAACUCGACAUUCGACUCUUACACAGGGUGACAAUGUGUAAUUAGCAAUUAAAUUUGAGGCGCAGAAAAGAAAGGGUGUAAAUGCCUUAGGUGUGAAUUUUAAUUAGAACAAACAAAUGUUAUUGAACAUUACAUUUUAUUCAAAACUAUUUACAUACAUACAUACAUUAACUAUUGUAAUUAAUAAUAAUAUUUAAUUGGCUUGCAAUUGCUUCUUUCAGACUUACACUUAGUUGAAAUUUUUAAAAGCAAGCGAAAAGUAAGUGAAAUGCUAUAAAACGAUAUUCCGCACGCACACAAGUUAUUUUAUGUAUGUAAGUGUAUAUGUAGUACAAUUUAUGUUUUCGUACUCUCUAAGCUAUUUAAUUUGAAUUUAUGUAUGUAAGGAAUCAGAAAUCAGCAAACAGCCAAAAAGAACAAAGAACCAAAAUACCGAAAUACCGAAAUAGGUACCGAAAUCCCGACAUCCGCAAUCCGCUCAAAAAGCAAAAGCAACCACGGAUAAUGUAAGCAUGUAAGACAAAUAUUCAAUGCAAUUCAUCGAAGCUAGUCUUUUUAAACCUUUAGUUUUUAAUAUUUAGAUGCUUAUGCUUAUACAUAUUUAGUUGUAUUUGUAUGUACAUUUAGUGUUAAUUAAUUCUUAGCGACAAUGCAAACAAAAAGGCAAUUUAUAAACUUUAAAAUGUAUGUAUUGAAUAUUUUUGAUUGUGAUAUGUAUUUAAUUUCUAAUAUUUAAUAGUUACGUUUGAAAUACACAAAAUUAUAUUUUAAGGCUAAUCAAUGAAAUGAACAACAACUCCACGCCAUGACACUAAUUAUAAUUUUUUUUAUUUUCUUUUAUUUUAAAGAUUUGAAUAUUUAGUUAAUUUUUUGUUAAUGCUUAUUUGAUCGUUGGUGAAGUUAACCAUAGAAAAUCGUUAACCGACUGAACUUGGAUUUUCUACAGAAAUAAUAUAUAUAAUGCAGCUUGCUUUAUUACUGCAAAGAGGAAACGGGAUUUUUAAAAAUAAUUUUCGCUAUCAUAGAGUAAAAGCUUGUCAGUUCGGACGCCUUUAGGAAGGAUUAUCCAAUAAUUCAAACGUAUUAGGAACAACAUGAAUAGGCACGCUACGAAUAGGAGGAGGAGCUCGGCAAACUGGACAUUGUAACUCGUUAAUCCGAUUUUUUUUUACUUUCCCUUUUAUUGAUAACGCGAUGAAAGCAAAAAAAAAACUGGCAGAGUUGUAAAAUAUUUGACCCAACCUGGCGAACUUACCAGUGGACGAUUUUCACUUGGUUUUCAUAAAUUCCUUUUCACCGACAAAAUGUAUUACAAGACUAGAAAAAGUUUAAAAAAAAUAUUUUUUUAUCCAUGCACUUUGUUGGUUACUAUGUCUGGUGGUACAAAUUUAAGGCAUUGUUAUCACAGUAUUCUGUCAUACACUUACAUUUGAGAGAAUACAAAAGGCGGCGCAUAUGGCAGUGCCGUUACUCGGUUCUCAGUGAAUUUUGCAGAGUCAGUUAUUGAGCUGACGCCAUUUUAAAAGUUUGUUUACAACUCUUUGUAGUGUAACGUGUAUAGUGUAACCAGCAAAUAUUUACAGUCCUCUAAGCUUAAAUGGAUUCUGGUGACGAUACAGCAUGCUUGACUGCGCUUUGUAUGUGUUAGUGCAGUCGGGUGGCGUCGUGUCACACAUACUUGUUGUCGGUAAAAAUCAAAAAUUUUAGAUAUUAGCGUCAAGCACCCGACACGCACACAUAUAAAGUUCUUGUCAAACAAUGCUUGACCGUUACCAGAGGCCAAAAGAAACAGAACAGAGAGAAAAUGUUGAGUGAGAUAUAAAAGUUUGUUAUUUGACAUCUUUUACAUACAUAUAUGUACACUGCAGUUAUAAGAAAAUCCAGUUACAGUUUUCGACCAAUGGAAAUAAUUCUGAACAUUACCAAAAAAGUAAUAAUUUACAAAGGAGCCACCAAAACUCAUAAAGUUUAUUUUUUGAUUUUUGUUAUUUUGAAACGAACAACAACAAAAUUAUAAAUAAAUUUGUUUGAUAUUUCUACUUGAAUCCAACUGUAUAGUGAUUUACAAUGUGGGACUCAGUGAUUUAUAAUUGUGGUUUGUUGUUGUUUUUUUGUUUUCUAUUUCAUUUUUCUGAUUUUGUUAUAUAUUUUAAUGUAAGCUAUUCAAACGAGUGUUGAAAUAGAAAAUGAAAAAAAGAACAUUUAUAUAAUUAUGUUCAAUGUUAAAUAAUUUACGAAGUGUGGAGGUCUAUGUUUACUUACCAAGACAAAAUUUUGGCCAUCUAACCGUGUGUUCGAAAAUGCGAGCCAUCCUUAUGUACAGUAAGUGUCACUGAAAAUCGUACAGCUGUUUUUCGCAAUGUUUACUUUUUUUAUUUAUAAAAAAAAAAACAUAUAGUAUAAGGUGGCGCAAAAUUAAUCACCCUACUUCAGUUUUUGCAAAUGGCGACGUAUGUCAAUCCUAUUUGACACUUGUGAACUAGACAGCUGCACACUGCAGUAUACAAACAUACAAGCAAUGGAGAGUAUAAAAAUCAGAAUAAAGAUUUCCAUCAUCCAAAAUACUUUU